UGACCCCUGAACCCAAAGAAAAACAGAACACCAAACUCAUUUGGCUUUCUCUCUUCUUCAUUUCCAGUGACCAUGAGCAUAAACACAAAGCAAAUUUACAAGCUCUCAGUGAAAAGAGCCACAAAUAGAAGAAGAAGACAACAACACCACCAACAAAGAAGAAGAAGAACCAAUUCCCCAUCAAUUGGUAGAAGCUUCAAAACCAUGGUGCAGGUAGAAAGCAAGUCCAAGCUGUCACAGAAGCUGCAGGCACUGAAGGACUUAAUCCCCACACAUAAUGGAGAAAUGGUGAAACCUGAUCAGUUGUUCAAGGAAACUGCUGAUUACAUCGUUUUGCUCAGGACCAGGGUCUUGGUUCUGCAGAAGCUCAUAGAGUAUUAUGGGAACAACCCUGAUGAGAAUGAAGAUGCUCUGUUGUUAUAGCUUCACUCCACUUCAUGGUUCUUUUUUCUAAAUGUUCUGUCCUUUUAUUGAUGAAAAAGAAAAGAUCUCUGGCCUAGUAGUUUUUCUUCUCUUAUUAGAUUUUGCUAGGUACUUCGUUUGGUAGAAGAGAAACUGAGAUGGAAGAAAUGGAGAAGUAAAGGUUGGAAAUUUGUAAAGAAAAUCCAAUGCAUGUGACAUUUUUUUGUUGUGUUUUUUA